CACACACUUAACUAACACUGUUUUCCAUUCUCCAAUCCCAUCAUUUCUGCAAUUCUAAUGGGGGGCAAACUUGAAGCAUUACCACCUCUCAAAAGGUUCAUUCUAAUGCAAAAACACCAAGAAAAUGGCGCUGUUGUUUCCUCCGAUCUUCCUGCGAAAAAGCGAAAGCAUUUCCCAGAUCAACCUCUCCCUUCCCCUUGUUGCCUGCCGGCCAAGAAAAGGGUGUGGGCAAUCAACCCACUAGACCUCAAUCAAGAAUACAAUCCCCUAUUUGAUGCCCAGAUCGAGGAGAAACAAAUCCUCCACGCUCCAGAAAAUCAAGAACCAGAGCAACUUGCAGAUGAAGAAGAAGCUCAAGAACCAGAAACUAAUGGCGGCGAUGAUGAUGAUGAUGGGAUUGUGUGUGCUAUCUGUGAAAGCACAGACGGGGAUCCAUCAGAUCCCAUAGUUCUCUGCGAUGGCUGUGAUCUCAUGGUUCAUACCACCUGUUACGGCCACCCCUUCACGAACGGAGUCCCAGAAGGCGAUUGGUUCUGCGCCCACUGUCUCGCAAAACCCCAAACCCCUUCUUGCUCCCUCUGCCCGCUCCCCGGCGGCGCUCUCAAGCCUACCACCGACGGGAAAUGGGCCCACCUCGUAUGCGCUCUCUUCGUUCCCGAGGUGUUCUUCACCGACCCAGAAGGCCGGGAAGGGAUCAACUGCAGCAAAGUUCCCAACAGAAGAUGGGAGCGCAAGUGUUAUAUCUGCAAAUCAAGAAAUGGGUGCGCCAUUGAUUGCUCUGAGCCCAAAUGCCCUUUGGCCUUUCAUGUCACUUGUGGCUUGGAACAAGACUUGUGUAUUGAGUAUAAUCAAGGCAGAACAACUAACGGCGCCAUUGUUGCUGGAUUUUGCAGAGCCCAUUCUGAUUUGUGGAAAAAGCAACAACAAACAGGGAAGUUCAAGAUUGUUGCCAGAGAUGAGAAGGAGAAAUAGGAGUGGGGAAGAGAUUAAAGUUUGUUCAAAUCUUGAAAGAGAACUGAAAUUUGGGCUGUUUUAGUGAGAAAAUGUAUACCUAGUUUGUAGCAGGGCAUUGUUGUAAUUCAUCACUCAAGUUUACUUUAAUUUAAAUUCAUAUUAGCUUUUUA